AUGGUAAUGGCUUCAAGCAAUCAAGCUUCGGUUCUUGAAAGUUCUUUGAAUAGCAUUAGUCAUCAAUCAAGUUUAAUGAAGCAAUGCUUGGCAGAUAACAAUAUUCUCCAAGCAUUAAAGCACUGUUCUAAUUUUUUGAAUGAAUUAAGGACUAGUCUGCUAAGUCCUAAACAGUACUAUGAAUUAUAUAUUGCUGUUUUUGAUUCGUUGGAAGUAUUAUCAAGCCACUUGUUAGCCUCCCGCAAUUCAAAGCAAAAGAGGAAACCGGCUAACACUCCUUUUCUAGCCGACUUGUACGAAUUGGUACAGUAUUCUGGUAAUAUUAUCCCAAGACUUUACAUGAUGGUAGUAAUUGGAACUACGUACAUGUCAACAAAGGAUGCGCCAGUUAAAGAAAUCAUGAAAGACUUGAUAGAAAUGUGUAGAGGAGUCCAGCAUCCAAUAAGAGGGCUUUUCCUCAGAUACUAUCUCUCUCAAAGAACCAAGGACUUGUUACCAUUGUCGACGGAGGAGGAUUUUAAUGAGACCGUUAAUUUCUUGAUAUCUAAUUUCAUCGAAAUGAACAAACUAUGGGUCAGGCUACAGCAUCAGGGACACUCAUCAGAGAGGGAGCUCAGAUACAAUGAACGAAAGGAACUCAAGAUCUUGGUUGGCUCUAACUUGGUGAGACUUUCACAAAUUAUUGAUGACUAUAGCGGAGAUAAAGAUUACUCUAGUGUGAAAUACUAUCAAAAAAAAAUAUUUCCCGUAAUUACUGAGCAAAUUAUACAAUGCAGAGAUCAUUUGGCUCAGAGUUAUUUGGUCGACGUCUUAAUACAAAUAUUUCCUGAUGAUUUCCAUUUUGCAACUUUAGAGAGCUUAUUGAAUGAUGUGUUUCUAAAUUUAAAUCCCCUUUUAAGAAAAAGUGGGUUGGUUGCAACAUUAAUAGAUAGAUUUUUGACAUUUCAUAAGUUUGAAAGCGACAUUUCAACAGAUCUCAACGAAUUGGAGAUCAGCGAUAAAGAGAAGCUAGAAAUCUCAGAUAAGGACUUGUUUGAUACAUUUUGGAAGUUCUAUUUGAGACUUUACGAAAUGGAUCCCGAGUUACCAGCUGAGGAGCAUUCUUUGAUUCUACAGUCAUUCAUAAAAUUGACUCUCACAUAUGAUCCUGAAAACUUUGAAAAUUUAGACAGAAUUUACAAGUUUUCCAUUGAAAAACUUACUGGAAAUGACGAUGAAGAAAACCUUUGGUUGCUGUUACUAGUUGCACCUGUCAAACAUUUCAAUUCGACAAAAAACUUAUUGAAUUUGCCAUUUUUCCAUGAAUUCUAUUUGAAAUUAUCGAAAAAGUCAUUACAAAAGCAAAUUUCAUUGGAAAUAGUAGAUAAAAUCUUGCAAGAUCCUAGAGAAGACGAUUUCUUCACUACUACCGAUGAAAUUGAUAGUAUUUUCAAAUACUUAUUAGUUCUAAUUAAAGACUCCGACAAUGAAGUUAACACCUCUAAAUCUUUGGGUGUAACUCGGGCAAUUAAAAUUAAAAAUGGGGAGGCAAUGAUCACUCAAGACUUUUUAAUCACACAGGAAAAGAUUUGCAAGCUUAUACAUUUGGUUGAAAACAAAAAUCCUUACAAGAGCUUGUCUAAUUUGAUGUAUCUUAGAAAAAGGUAUCUCAACAAAAACCCUGAAAACAUUAUAUAUACUUAUCCGACCCUUAUUGCCAGGAUAUUGUAUAAACUCAAGCUUAUUGGUUUCCUAUCUAUGAACAAGAAUGUUACAAAUUCAAAUAAGGACUUACUUAUCACGAGCAACUUCAAAAAUUUAUCUGUUAUACUUGAUGAAUUAUACCAGCAUCACCAAGAAUUCAACUCAGCGCUAAUAUUAAAAACUUAUCUCAACUGCGCUGCUGUUGCUGAUCAAUUAAAGCAAGAAUCAAUAAGUUACGAAUUAUACACUACGUGUUUUGUCAUCUACGAAGAAAAUUGGACAAUGACAUCUAUCAGUCAACACAAUAAUCCUCAUGACCCUUUGAGUGGUUCCAUACCAUAUCAGUCGAUUGUUUUGAUUGCAAACAAAUUGAUAACCCUGAGAUAUUUCUCAAAGGAAAACUACGAGAAUCUUAUCACCAAAGUAACACUCUACGGAUCAAAGCUUUUGAAGAAGCAAGAUCAGUGUAGGUCUGUGUACUAUUGUUCUCACUUAUGGUGGUGGUGCGAUUUAUUUGUUGAGAAUUCACCUACCGUCACCGAUGCCAUGCCAGACAACGAUAAGUCUUCAGAGAAGAAGGGGGAGCUAUUUAGAGACCCCAAGAGGGUCUUAGAGUGCCUUCAAAAGGCUCUAAGAAUCGCUGAUUCUUGUAUGGAUCCUUAUUUGUCUCUCAAACUCUUUGUUGAGAUUUUAAACAGAUGCCUUAUUUUUAACAUCUAUGGCAAUCCCUUAAUCGAUUCUCGCUACAUUAAUGGCCUUAUUGAUCUUAUAAAGACAAACGUUGACAAUUUGAAAGACAAUAAUUUAGUCAAGGACAGUGAUGACAAUGAGUUUAAGCUCUUCACACAUAUAUCUAACUUAUUCGAACGUACUUUGAGGUAUAUUGAAGAACAACAAGCCAGCGAGGGUAGAUUUGAUGGCGUUAUAGUUUAA